UGCGUGUUGCGGCUGAUCCAGGGAGUCGAGUCCAUGCGAACUGCCAUCUGAUCCAGUCUUAUCAAUGAAGCAGCAGAUCAUGGCGGAUGGCCCCAGGUGUAAGAGGCGAAAACAAGCGAAUCCAAGGAGGAAAAACGGAGGACUUAUAUUGCACAUUGACAGAGAUGAGCAGGACCUCUCUCCUCUUCCAGAACGAGACCAAUAUAUAUGUAGAAGAGAAGCAAGCCACACCUGUCAGGACCUAUACAGCGGUAUUGAGCGUAUUGCUGACAAUGCUGAUGAAGUAGCCAAGUCCUGUUCUGGGACUGGAGAAAGGAAGAGCAAUGCCUGCUUCAACACUGCAAAUCCAUUCCUGUACUGCAGAUUAACACUGUUGUCCUAUGACAAUGUGGUAGAUACGGGUUCUGAAACAGAUGAAGAGGACAGACUCCAUAUUGCUGAAGAUGACAGCAUUCUCACCACUCUGGACCAGGAAGCAAGUCCGACAAGUCUGCUCAACAACGAUUGUUCUCCACAUGCCAACCCUGCACUAUUGCCAAGAGAGGAAGAGGAAGCCGAUCUGAGGGAGAGCAGAAUGGAUCGCAAAUGGCACAACAAUGAUCUCCUGAAAGCCUCUGUAGAUGGUUCGGAUGAUAUGAAGGAUGAUUAUGACACUAUGGGGCACGAAGCCACUCUUACAACCACUAUAAACAAUGGUACAGUGAAAAAUGCAAAUUGUACUUCUGAUUUCGAGGAGUAUUUUGCCAAAAGAAAAAUGGAAGAUGGGGACAGCCAUGGAGUUAGCAUAGCUGAAUAUUUGCAGAGAAGUGACACAGCCAUUAUUUACCCAGAAGCCCCUGAAGAACUCUGCCGCAUCGGUACACCAGAAGCUAACGGACAAGAAGAGAAUGACCUGCCACCUGGAACUCCAGAUGCUUUUGCCCAACUGCUGACUUGCCCCUAUUGCGACCGGGGCUACAAGCGCCUAACAUCACUGAAAGAGCACAUCAAAUACCGCCAUGAAAAAAAUGAAGAAAACUUUUCCUGUCCACUCUGCAGCUACACGUUUGCCUACCGCACCCAGCUUGAACGGCAUAUGGUGACGCACAAGCCAGGGAGAGAUCAGCACCAAAUGUUGACCCAGGGAGCCGGCAAUCGCAAGUUCAAAUGCACAGAAUGUGGUAAAGCCUUCAAAUACAAACACCAUCUGAAGGAACACCUGCGAAUUCACAGUGGUGAAAAGCCAUAUGAGUGUCCAAACUGCAAGAAACGGUUCUCCCAUUCUGGCUCCUACAGUUCACACAUUAGCAGCAAGAAAUGCAUUGGCUUAAUAUCGGUAAACGGCAGGAUGAGAAAUAAUAUGAAGACGGGUUCCUCUCCUAACUCAGUAUCCUCUUCCCCCACUAAUUCAGCCAUAACGCAAUUGCGACACAAGCUGGAAAAUGGUAAACCACUUGGCAUGUCUGAGCAGUCAGGCUUGCUGAAAAUCAAAACAGAAUCACUAGAUUACAAUGAUUAUAAACUUCUGAUGGCAGCCUCACAUGGAUUUAAUGGGCCUCAUCCAUUCAUGAAUGGUGGUCUUGGAGCAACAAGUCCACUGGGAAUUCACUCCUCUGCUCAUAGUCCAAUGCAGCACUUAGGUGUAGGGUUCGAAUCAUCACUGCUUGGAUUCCCAGCUCUUAGCAGUAAUUUAAGUGAAGUGCAGAAGGUUCUGGAAAUUGUUGAUAAUACAGUUUCUAGACAGAAAAAGGAAUGUAUGUCUGAAGAUAUUCAAAAGUUGAAGGGCUAUCAUAUGAAGGAAGCAGGAUCUCAAGGAGAGGAUCAAAGUGUUAAUUCCCCUGGCAUUCCACCAGUGGGUCUUCCAGUAGUAAGUCAUAAUGGUGCCACUAAAAGUAUUAUUGACUAUACGUUAGAAAAAGUUAAUGAAGCCAAAGCUUGUUUGCAGAGUUUGACGACGGAUCCAAGGAGACAGUUUAGCAAUAUUAAGAAAGAAAAGCUACGUACUUUGAUAGAUUUAGUAAGUGAAGACAAGAUGUUAGAGAGCCAUAAUAUUUCCACUCCAUAUUCUUGUCAGUUUUGUAAGGAAAGUUUUCCUGGCCCCAUUCCUUUGCAUCAACAUGAAAGAUACUUAUGUAAAAUGAAUGAAGAAAUUAAAGCAGUUCUUCAGCCUAAUGAAAAUUUAAUUCUCAACAAGCAAGGGAUGUUUGCUGACAAACAAGCACUCCUGUUAUCAUCAGUACUUUCUGAGAAAGGAAUGAGUAGCCCCAUUCACCCAUAUAAGGACCACAUGUCAGUACUUAAAGCAUAUUAUGCUAUGAACAUGGAGCCCAACUCUGACGAACUACUGAAAAUUUCCAUAGCUGUUGGCCUUCCUCAGGAAUUUGUGAAGGAAUGGUUUGAACAAAGAAAAGUCUACCAAUAUGCAACUUCCAGGUCACCAUCUCUGGAAAGGACCAGUGCUGAGGUGGCUCUGGCUACCACCAUGAGCACUCCCACUAAAGACUCUUUAUCAGCCAGAUCU